AGAGAGAGAGAGAGAGAGAGAGGUGGGGGGAAACAGCUGCAAGCGGAUACUCAACAUCAACAAGCUGCUGUAUGAGGCAUCAGUAAAGAAGAAGAAGGGAUUUGACGCGGAGGAGAGAGGAGAGGAAGAAGAAGAAGGGAGUUCCUGUCGUUUUUCUGCCUCCUUUUGCUUCUUCGUCUCCUCCUCACGCGCGCGGAGCUUUAAGAGAAUUUCCUACAAGUGGUGAAGCGAUGCUUUAGCUUCUUUCUUUCUUCUUUUUUUUCUCUUUUAUUUAUUUCUGAUAUUUUUUUUUUCCUUUUAGCGCGACGACACUGUUCGUAAUUCCGCCGCGCGGCGAACAUCUGUGGCGUGGACGCGCUCUGCGGGGAGACAUGGCUGUUUUCCGGCUGUCGCUUCUGCUGCAUGUGGGCUUUGUGCUCGGAUCAAACCACGAACACGGAGGCUGGGAGGAUGUCGGAGCACGGGAGGCGAUUUACGGCGCUCAGACGCACCGUCGGCAGCUGGCGCAUCUCCGUGCGCCUCAUCCUCCUCCUCCGCCUCCUCCUCCUCCUGCCGGGGAGACGGUGGCGCAGAAAAUCGAGGAGAGCCUCCCGCGGGUGGUCACGGCUUUCCUGCACACGGGGGACUCGAGCACCCUGAGGCACGCGAACUGCUCGCGCAGGUACGAGCUCACCUCUCUGCGGGGAAGGUCACACGUCGCCCCGCAUCGCUCCAUGAGCAGCGUGCUGGACACGGUGCUGCACGCGACAAACUUCCUCAACAUGAUCCUGCAGACCAACAGGUCCAGGGAGCAGAGUCUGCGCCGAGACAUCGAGUGGUACCAUGCCCUGGUGAGGAGCAUCCUGGAGGGGGACGACAAGAUCCACCGGGCGGUGGUCACUUUCCACCCGGGUUCGUCCGCGACCGGGCCGUCGCUGCUGCUCCUCCAGGCUACCAGAGCGGGCGGAGAGAUCGUCCUCCAGGACCUGUCCAGCGUGGCGCAGCACUACCUGCACAACCGCACCGCAGACACGGAGUGGUACCACGAGGUGAAGGACAGGAAGAAGCCCAACUUCCAUAAGAGGGUGCUGAGCCAGGACUUUGCGUCCGUGGACAAUUCUCUGAAGAGAGGAGAGAGUUUCAUCCCAGACAAGACGCACGUGAAGUGGUCUGCGCCGUACCUGGAGUGUGAGAAUGGGAAUUUUGUUCCUCGGUGGCUUUUGACCUUAUCGGCUGCGUUCUAUGGCCUGAAACACAACCUCGCUCCUGAGUUCAGGGGCGUGGUGCGAGUGGACAUCAAUCUCCAGGACGUGGAUAUCGACCAGUGCUCCACUGACGGCUGGUUUGCUGGAACCCAUCGAUGUAACCUGACCACCAUGGAGUGUUUGCCGCUCAGUGGUCAUGGGUUUGUCUUGGACAAGUACAAGUGUCACUGCAGGAAAGGAUUCUACCAUCCCAACAGAGUGGCUGUGAACGGCUUCACAAGGUUGAAUAAAAAGGGAAACGCUGAGGACAGCAGUCCCAACGCAGACGAGGGCUCGUCCAGCGACUGCCUGCCGUGUCAGGACGGCUGCGUCUUCUGCAAAGACGACACGCCGUGUGUGGCGAGGGAGGACGGCGCCCUCCGCCUCGCCGUCCUUUCCUUCCAGUGCCUGUGCAUGCUCAUCGUCUUCAUCAGCAUGGUGGUCAUCUACCAUUUCCGCAGGAAUAAGAGCAUCAGAGCUUCAGGUCUGGUUCUGCUGGAGGCCAUCCUGUGUGGAGCCCUGCUUCUCUACUUCCCGGUUGGGAUUCUUUAUUUCCAGCCAAGUGUUUUCCGGUGCGUGCUGCUGCGAUGGGUCCGUCUGCUGGGUUUUGCGACCGUCUACGGGACGCUGACUCUAAAGUUGUACAGAGUUCUGAAGGUGUUCCUGUCCCGCACGGCGCAGAGAAUCCCCUACAUGACCAGCUGGCGAGUGCUGCGUCUGCUGGGCAUCAUCCUCCUCAUCGUCUGCUGGUUCCUGGUGGCCUGGACAUCUGCCGUCUGCCAGAACCCAGACAGGAAGUCGGCCCUCAUCGACGUGGGCUACACGCCCGACGGGCUGCAGUUCGGCAUGUGCCUGCUGGAUCGCUGGGACUACAUGAUGGCUGUCGCCGAGUUCCUCUUCCUGCUGUGGUCCGUGUACCUGUGUUACGCCGUGAGGACGGUGCCAUCGGCGUUCCACGAGCCUCGCUACAUGGCCAUCGCUGUUCACAACGAGCUGGUCCUGUCGGCGAUAUUCUAUGUCAUUAGGUUUACUCUUGCUCCUGAGCUUCAUCCAGACUGGAUGCUUCUACUGUUCUUCACCCACACCCACUUAACUGUGACAGUGACACUGGGUCUUCUACUCAUUCCUAAGUUCCUGUUUGCCGGCACCCACAUGAGAGAUGACAUAGCCUCCGAGGCCUAUGAGGACGAGCUGGACAUGGGUCGAUCUGGGUCCUACCUGAACAGUAGCAUCACCUCUGCAUGGAGUGAACACAGUUUAGACCCUGAGGACAUCCGGACACCAGACGAAAUGGGCCACCUCAGUUCAGUUAAUGGCUGUGGCGUAAGAUCUUGUGACAGUCUUUGGGAAAAACGUACCAACGAGGAGCUGAAGAAACUCUACUCCCAGUUGGAGAUUUACAAGAGGAAGAAGAUGCUGGCGAACAACCCUCAUCUCCAGAAGAAACGGAGCUCCAAGAAAGGGCUGGGUCGCUCGCUGAUGAGGCGCAUCACAGAAAUUCCCGAAUCCGUGCACCGCCAGUGCAGCCGCGAAGACAAGGAGGCUGGGGAGCAUGGGAGCAAUCGUAACAGCAUUUGCAUGUUGAAAAAGAACCCUUUCGAUCCACAGCAUGCGGUGAAACCUGCAAAGGAUGAAACGCUGAAGAACAUGGUGUUCUCUCUGAAGAAGUCCCACAGUAGCUACGAUCACGUCCGUGACCAAAGCGAAGACUCCAACAGUUCUGCAACCGACAAGAUGGACAUGACCCCAGUGGAAGGCACCCUCCUGGACACACUUAUGGGCAAGAAGCUGGUCAAGAAGAAAUCUAGCGACAACAUAAAUCUCCCCAGUGAAUCUACAGAAUCAGUCCCGUUGGUCUGCAAGUCGGCCAGUGCCCACAACCUCACAGCAGACAAGAAACCAAUUCAUCCCAGAGCCUCCAUGCUGCAGAAGUCACUCAGUGUCAUCGCCAGUGCCAAAGAAAAAACCUUGGGUUUGACGGGAAAGGCCCAGAAUCUGGAGGACAGCAAUAAAAAGAGUCAGUCAAAGAGCAAAGACACAAAGGCCAGUGCAGAGCCAGAUAACGACUGUCCACCAAAGAUGAUUAUCAGUCAGUCGGUCGAGUCCAAACAGAGUGCGGCAAAAGGGAGUAUCAUGAAACAACCGACAAGCGGAAGCGAGCCAACCAUCUCUUCUGAUCCAGUCACGGGAAAGGACCUCUAUGAUCUGUCGGAGGUUUGCCCUUGGGAAGUGGAAGAUCUCCCAACUCCGUCUGAAAAUAAGGUCCAGAAGCAUGUGUCUAUUGCGCCAAAGGAAACCACAACAGUCCAUGGAGGGAGCACAAAAGUCAGCAAAUCUCAGCAGCAAAAACAGAAAGCUAACGAUUCGAGUGGCAGGAAUUCAAAGGAGAUUCAGAGGACGACCGCUGUUCGAGCAGACGUAUGUCCAUGGGAGGACGGAGGUGACAGUAAUGCCAGUCAAGUAGAAGUAGUAUCAAAUCAGACAAGCCAAGUUGCUAAACCCCAACAGCCCUAUACUGCAGUAGAAAGCUCCAAAAAACAUCGGGUGGACAUUUGUCCGUGGGACUUUGACGAGCCUCAAAAUACGACAGACUCAUCUCGCUCAACAGAUGUGACAAAGCAGAAAAAAGGUACGUCUCCAGUGGAUGUGAGAGGGAGAAUUGCUCUGCCAGAUCCACCCAAAACUGGAGGCUCACUCCAGCCACCAACCGCAAAAGUCGACGUCUGUCCCUGGGACUACGACAGUUCUUCGGUAUCUCCGAACUCCGAGAGGACACCGAGUCCCUCUAAAGUUUCCAAAACCAAGGAAGACACCACAAAAAAGAAGAGUGCCCCUUCCACGAGGACACUUGAUAGAGAAAAAUCGAAAGACGCUGAUGAUGAGAGAAGCAAAACUAAAGCCAAGGACAAGAGCAAAUCCUCAGAGAAAUACACGAGCCAACAGAAAGUGGCCGACGUGUGUCCGUGGGACGUGGGCAGUCAUCAGGACGUGCCAUUGGUAGAAAAAAGGAAAAGCGCAAAUGUUGGCGCAGCCAAAGGAAAACAGGCGGACGUCUGUCCGUGGGAUUUUGAGGAUAUGGCGGAGAAAAAAGCGGGGACACAGAGCAAUCCAAAUCCUAAAGGCGGAGUCGCAAGUGCUGCUAAAAAAGCAGAUGUUUGUCCCUGGGACUUUGACGACAGCACGGCGAGCAAGAAGGCAUGACACUCGACCUUACACGGACCACUGAAAUAAUAGUAAAUCGAUGUAUACUUUUUUCACUUUGAAAUCGUCAGAAAUCUAACCUUUUACUAUUAGUGCGGUGACUUGGAUGAAAAGUUGAUCAAAAUUCCACAAGUUGCCUUCCUUUUCCGAGGUUUUGUUCCUGUUUUACCUAUUUUGAAAAUAAGUAAAAAAAAAACAAAUGUACAGAAAAACAAAUCAUGACGAGCAUUCCAGAUUAUUACAGGAAAAUCCUGAGGAUUAAUUGUAGACUAAUUAUGCAACUUUUGAUUCCGUCUUCUCACUUCAUGGGCAAUGCUGAAACUCGUUCCAUUCUGUUGUCGAGUAAAUCUUAAGUUUUACUGGAUUCAUUUCUUUCUUGUGCAUCAACAUGAUGAUUCUUGGAAGACUGAAGUGUGAAAAGAAGUGAAAGCCAAAGAAAAAAGGGAACAUUUGCAAAGGAGAUGUUGUAAGUCUUUGGGCAUUGUGAUAAAGUUAAUUUAUUAGUUUUGUGUCCGAAAACUUUGGCACAGGCGGAAAGGACUCAGUGAGGAAAUCAAUCUAUAGCACUUUAGCCAACACCAUUAAUUAAGAGCGGAGGACGGACGGACGCCGCCGUUCUCCCGCCUUCACUUCAUCCUCUUAUUUCAAUCCUCAUGGCAUGAAAUCACACACAAACACUGACCAAAACCAGACAUGUUCAUGUUUGUUUUCCCGAUUAUAUCGAUGUAAUUGUAGUCUCUCUGCAGAUUAUUGCUGCUUCCAAAAAUCUGCUGAGAUGAGAUGUACUGUACGUGCCUGACCUUCUAGAGUUGUGUUGCGUUAAUCUGAGGUUUCACAGCAAACAGCUUCAUCGUCAUCAUCAAUCAUCAUCGUCCUGUGACGGUGACUUAUAUAAAGCGCAUGCACACGCCGGGGGAGUCGUCGGACACGCGACCAAUUUGUCAGUUUAACGUGUUUUUUUUUUUUGUUUCCGGCUUUUUCAGGUUGAACGAGAUAACGUGAAUGUGUGUCACAUGUACGUGUACACUGUAAAAAAAAAAAAAAAACGGGAAAAAAACAAAGGAAUUGUAAGUUAAAAAUGUGUGAAAAUUAAUAAUUUGCACCAGCUUUGUUUAUGAAUCCAGCAUGGGCCUUUAGGUUGGCUUGUACCAAGUAUGUGUGUGUGUUUGGGGGUUGGUGUUUAUGGGGGUUUUUUGUCCUUACAUUUCUACUGUCAAACCCCCGUUAAAAAUUUAAAUUCAAAAUGAAAAAAAAAAAAAAAAAAAAAGGGAGCAUGCCACCUUUUCAGUUCACAGUUGAUCAGAAACGACUGUUUAAAGAAUAUUUCUUGUCGUUUUAGUUUUGGCCAUGGUUUCUAUCAGUAACAAUAACUUUGUUCUAAUCGAUUUCUCAUUUUUAAACUAAAUUAAACAAAAACUAAUCAAAUACAUUUGUUUUAAAGGGUUUUUUGUCAUUACUGGGAGAAAAAUGGCCAAAAAUCUUAAUUAUCCUUUAUUGUAUUUUAAAAAAAUGUUGAAGGAUAAUUAUAAUUCUGCCAUCAUCAUCAUCAUCGUCAUCAAUUAUUAUGUGUUUGACACAGGUAGCAUUAUGCAUGUCCCACCCCCUUCCCCCACAAAGUAAUCUGCACUGAUAAAUUACGCUAAUGAGUUUAGAAUUAGCCUUAUAGCAACGUGGUUACCAGUUACUAAUCUGACUAAACCUUGUGAAGGUUUUAUGAUUUGUUCCGUGUUUUGUAUCAAAAUGUCGAAGAUAUUCAGCCAUUCAUUCAUUCAUUCAUUCAUUCACGCACUCCACUUUACUCCUGCAAAAUACCUGCAAAUAUUUGAGGACAAUAUAGCGUCUGCAGUACUUUAUGAUGUCGUGUAACAAUUGUCAAUAAUUAUCCGUAAUUGCUCUUGACAAAAAUAGACAAACGACUGUAGGAGUCAAUUAGAAUUUAACUUUUGAUUCUCGUAGCAUGGCAAACACACGAAAACAAUGCAGUCAGAUCUUUGUCGGUGUCCACAGCUGUACAUCGUACAGCAGCCGACCCGUGUGAAAAAUCUCCGCCGUGGAGUGUUCGCCUUUCAGCGCGAGAUUUGUCACCACUUCUGCUUUUUUUAUGAGCUCCUCCAGGAACAAGGGGUCUGCUGAGGAGGAACUGCUGUCACACGCAGCACGGAUUUAUUGCCACACACGCGCUAAUGGAGCUGUAUAAUAUUUACUAUGAACCACAUGUGCGGUAGCGGCGGCGUCCGUCAUGUGCACCGCGUGUUAUAGCGGACAGAGACAGACACGGGAUCCCGUUAUGUGUGAGAUUACCUGACUGAAUCACUGCCACGUUAGAUGUUACUGCCCAGAGUGACGGAUAAUUGUAAUAAUUAUGUGGUAUUUUUUUAAAGAAAAUCAGGAUUUUCACUAGUUCAUUUGAAAAAAAAGAAGAGGUGAGCUCAUACAGGCGUCGUUUUUUGGGUGUUUACUUUUAAAAAAUAGUGUCCGCACAAGCAAUAUUUGACAUUGUUUUCAUUUCGCUAAGCUUUUUAAAAAGGCUUCAUUCCGUGAGAUCUCCACACCAGUGAUAGACCGAGGCGGUCGUCGUCGUGCAGACAAAUACUUAACAGUGCAAUAUCUCAGCGUUACAUCACACACGUUUUUGUUUGGCAGAUCGUUCAAACCCGGUGUGUUGUUUAGACAAAAGUGCUAGUUGCUGUAGCAUCACUCAGCUGUGUGUGUGUGUCUGUCCCAGAGAAUGUCGUCUCACGUCGUCAUAGAGGACACCGUGUCCUGUAGCUCUUUGUCCACCAUGGUGUCUUUCUUUCUGUUUGGGCUUAUCCGCUGUUUUUCAUUUCAAACACCGACGGCUCUCUCUUUAUCUCGUGACCAAACCAAGUCACCCCUCCCCCCCGAUGGCAAAUACAACUACUACUCUUGCUACUACUACUACUACUACUACUACUACUACUAUUACUACUACUCAAUGCUGUAUAACGUCGUAAAUCUUGCUCUUGUGGCUUCUGCAUGAAUUCAAGAAAAGUUAGUAGGAUCCGAUGUUUCACUGCCCUCGAUAGAACAAAAAAAAAAUUGAGAAAAAUUGUCGAUCUUUUAUGGACUGUUACGAGUUGUAUAGUGAGUGGUAAACUGUCCCUGACCCACUGUAUUAUGUGCUUGUUAUAAAUAUUGCUCUAUGACAAGCUUAUAGCAUCAAUAUAUGGGAAUAUUUGGUAGAUUUAUAUUGUGUUAUAUUGUGAUAGCAUGUACAUAAAAGAUACCUCCUCUGCAAUAAAUAUUUGUAUGAAAACUGUG